AUGGCUACAGGUAAUAAUUCACUAACUGAUAGUGCAAACAAAAAACUUACAAUUGUCUGGUUGGAUUCCGAAGCAAACAAAAGUGAAGAUAAUCUUUUUAUACAACAAAAUCUAUUUAGAGCUUUUGAUAAUGUUGAAAUACAUGAAGAAGAGGAUGAAUGUCAACAGUUUAUUCAAUCAAAGCCAAAAGUACCAUUUUUAAUUAUUGUCAGUGGUAGAUUAAGUCGAAAAAUAAUACCCAAUAUUCAUGAACUACAACAAAUAUCAGGUAUCUACAUAUUUUGUUUAAAUAAAAGCAGACAUGAAGAAUGGUCUCAGCAAUAUCCUAAAAUCAGAGGUAUUAUUGUUGAAUUAGAUGAAUUGAUUUCCAAGAUUCGAUCUGAUCUAAGAAUGUUUGCAAAAAAUAAAGGAUCAACAGCAAAAAUAGCUCCUAGUUCAAUUACAAAUAUUACAAAUUCAAAUGCUACAUUCACAACAGAUAUAGAUGAUGAUUCCAGUCGAACUCUUGAAGAUGCGAUGGCUACUGUAUCAAUUAAUGAUAUGACAUGUCCAUUCGACGAAUAUGACAAAGUAUCAAUAGUUUCUCUUGAACAAGCUGUUGCUCCUCUUUCUAAGAUUGUUGAUAAAAUCGAACAAAUGGUUUGGAUAGUUAAACAGAAUUGUGAGAAUCCACAGGAUGGUUUAACUAAUGAUGAAUCAUCUGCAAUAGCACUCUAUACAAUGGAAUGGUAUUCAAAAGAAAUGACAUUUAACUACAUUCUCAAUCAAACAUUACGUACAGAAAAUAAACAACAAAUAAAACCAUGGUUGUUCUAUUUAAGACUUUUUUUACAAGCACUUUCAAAAUUAUCAUCAAUAACACGUGUUGUUUAUCAAGGAACAAAUAAAAAUCUCAGUGAUAAAUAUCCUAAUGGACGAAUAUAUUCUAGUUGGGAAUUUUUAGAUUGUACAUCAUGUAUUAAAACACUUGAAGAUGAAGAAAAUUUUGGUAGAACAGGUGAACGAACUCUUUUUACUAUUGAAUGUCGUUCGGGUAAAUUAAUUAGUAAUCAUGCACAUGAUCCAUCAAAAGAUCAAGUACUUCUUUUGCCUGGUCGAAAAUUUCAAGUUAUUUCUUGUCUUAAUGCAGGCAAUGAACUUACAAUUGUUCAAUUGCAAGAAAUGGAAACAUCUUAUAAUUUUAAUUAA